AGAGCGUGAUGACGUUGCCAAUCAUAGCAACCAGCAUGGCGACGGGGAAGCUUUACUUUGCUCCUCAUCUGCUUAUGAGCUAGUAUUGGAUUGUCGCCCUCACGUUACUUGUUUAUCUUGCAGCGUUAAAAUGUUUACAGUUAAGUGCGUUGUGGUUUCUGGAUGUAUACAAGCUCUGCCGUCGCUUUCCCAGAAUAUCUUUGAGGAAAAUGGGAUACGCUGAGUGUAACAUUAUCAUGGACUCGAGAACAGGGAGUGUAUCAUCUGGAUCGAAGUGCAGAGCUGGUAUUACAGGACAGGCUUCAAAAAGUAGCCCUUUCUGUCCUCGCUCCUCCAGUAAGUUAACACAGUCCAUUGUUAAAGACCACAUGGUGUCUCAUUAUAAAAAGGUUUACUCAGCUAAAGCUGCCAUUGAUGCCUCAGUACCCAAAAGCUUAAUAUACAGUGUAAAGUACAAUGACCACAUCAGACAGGAGCGGUUACGGAAAGGGGGUCGUCCUCAAUCAGCCCACUCUCCCUCACAGAUGAAUAGCAGAGCCUCCUGUUCCUCAGCCCAAAGUAGAUUAUCUGUGCACUAUGAUGACAGCACCUACCUCUGCUCAAGAAGUUCCACCGUCUCCAGCCCAAGGUUCGGCAUGUCCUUUCAUGCCAAGGAGAUAGUUUAUCCGUCGAGUAAAGUCGGUUCACAGAACCUGUUUCAUCAUGCACGCCCAGCGUCAGAAGUAAUGUACCGGAACCCAGGAGCGACUUCACACAGAAAGCAGUCAGCAUGUUCACUGGAAGCUUUGGUAGAUCAGAGUUCCUACAAGACUUUUCAGGACCCCGUUCAGAAGACGUACAGUGGAGACUUGCUCAAGAAACAUUCACAGCACUUUACCCAAGACAAACCUUUCACCCCUAAGACCCUGAAGUCAGAGAAGAGUUCAUAUCUGUCAAAUUAUCGCUACUACAGGGCACCACGGAGGAAACCUACUCAGGAUUACACUCAGUCAAGAUUGAUGGGGCAGGAGACAAAUCAUGGAAGCACGAAAACGAAGAAAUACACACAGGAAUUUUAUGAGCCAUCUCAGGGAUUUAGUACAGAGCAUGAGUGGUCCGAGGAUGAAUUGAAUGGCACAUACUUAUCAGCAGCUAGACAACAGAGUCGAGCAAGCAAGAGCAGAGACCGAGAUUUCUUUGACUCCGCAUCGAGGGUCUCACCAGAAGAUUGCAGAUCUCCUCUUAUGAAGAAUGUAUCUGCAGAGGAGGAAGAAUUAAUGUACCUCGAAUUCAUUUCUGCUGUAACAGAUGACAUCUUGUCCAGAGGGCACAUCUCUGACAGGGUCCUGGACAGGGUGAUAAAGCACCAUAUUGACAUGAAUCGGCAUCAGCUUGAUGAGGGUAAAAUGCGCCACCUUCUGGACGUGCUGCGUAAAGAUUUUGAAGAGCCAACCAACACGUCCAUGUGCAGUACGGAGCUUGAAAAUGGUCUGCUUGAUGCAUUCCUACCACAUCUGGAAUCAGGGGGGAACCAAGUGAAGACGAGAGAAAAGAAUCAUCUCUUUCCUUAUGCCUCACUAAUUAAAGACUGCGAAUCACCAGCUUAUGCUGAUCCCCUUCUGGUGUCUACACCAUUAUGCUCUCCUGAAAGGACUGCUUCACCAACUAAAAAGAUGGAUGAACCAGAUGAUAAUCUGGAAAAGGGAAUUAGCUCUGUUUCGCUCAGUGAACAUGUUUCCAAUAAUACAGAAAUCAAUGAAGAGGAUCUCCAUCAAAUAGGUACAACACCGUCAAACAAAGUCGGCAAUGACAACCAUGAAUAUGUCACUGUAACGAGUGACGAAUGUCUUCAUCAAGACCAAGCUGAGGAUGCACAGUCUAAAGAGCUUGAGGAUUUGGGUACAAGUUUGUCAGGGUCCCUCCAUGUGUCUAGCAAUACACAAAACCUCAAUGUGGAGACCACAGAGCAACAUAGAAAUACUGUUGAUUCUGUCAGUGAUGAUGAGUUCUGAGUUUUACUGUAUUCAGGGAUUGAAUGUCCUUUAAGACCAAGUAAGUGUUUUUACAGAGAGUAAUGUAAUAUUUGACAUUUCUGAAAGUAUAGUUGAUUGUUGACUGUUUGUUUUUCACUGUUUUUACAAGCCCCACCAGUGAAGUACUGUAGUUCAAUUUAGCUUUUUUUUCUUUUUAAAUAAGAAAAACAUCUUUUAUUUUCUUUUACAAAAGCACAAACAAGGUUUUGCAGGUACAUCAGAGACUUGAAUGUCUCAUUUGGAAUAUUGUUGAGUGUGCACAAACUUGAGUGGUUGAGUUACAGUAAUGUUAUAACUUUGCAAAGAAUAGUCCAGUCCAUAGCACUGCACUGAUGUCAGACAUGUGGAGUUAGUGGUAUCCUGUAGUUUGAGGGGAUAACAGUGUGCCUAGUAAGAUUUAAGUAUGAUGUAGCUGCAAUUUACAUUUUCAGAUUUCUAGAGAAAUAAUUCUUAUAAACUCUUGAAUUGUUUAAUGUGUUUGACUUGACAUAUGCCUCUGACAUGUAGCUCCUAGGAAUCGACUGUCACCAGAAAGUGUCUUUACGAUUGCAAUAAAUUUUCUAUUCUCCUGUUU